AUGGAUUCAAUUGGGUUGAAUUUGAAAUUGCAAUUGCAAAUGAAAUCACCAAUAUCGCACAGUUUCUUCCUAUGUUCUUCACCAACCCAUUUCACCUACAACUCCAAUUCAAUCACUUUCACCAAAAAGUUUGCUUCUUUUUCCACAAUCAUGGCUACUUCUGCUGCGGCAAAACCAAAACCAAAACCAAUCGCAUAUGGUUUCAAAACUUUGUUGGAAACUUUCACUGUUGAUGUUCAUAGAGCAGAGAAUAGGCCACUGAAUGUGCCCUUGAUUUCCCCUUUUACAAUUGCUUCUUCGAAACUGGAGAAAGUGGAGAACGUUGCUAUUAGAGUUGAAUUGAGUAACGGUGCUGUUGGGUGGGGUGAAGCACCAAUUUUGCCUUUUGUUACUGCAGAGGAUCAACAUAUAGCUAUGGUUAAAGCUUCUGAAGCUUGUGCUUUCUUGCUGAAAUGUCCUGCCUUAACAUUGGGUUUUAUGUUGGGAAAAAUUGGUGAUAUUCUUCCAGGGCAUCAAUUUGCUUCAGUUAGGGCUGGAGUGGAGAUGGCAGUAAUCGACGCUGUUGCGAAUAGUAUUCGCGUGCCAUUGUGGAGGCUUUUUGGUGGUGCUUCAAAUACCAUAACGACUGAUAUAACAAUUCCAAUUGUUUCUUCAGCUGAAGCAGCUGAAUUGGCUUCUAAGUACUAUAAACAAGGAUUCAAGACUUUAAAGCUGAAAGUAGGAAAGAAUCUGAAUGCAGAUAUCGAAGUGCUUCAAGCCAUACGUGUUGCUCACCCCGAGUGUCAGUUUAUUCUCGAUGCUAACGAAGGGUAUAACUCUGACGAAGCAGUGGAAGUUCUCGAGAAAUUACACGAAAUGGGGUUGACUCCUAUUCUAUUUGAGCAACCAGUUCACAGAGAUGAUUGGGAUGGACUUGGAUAUGUAAGUAACAUAGCAAGAGAAAAAUAUGGAGUAUUGGUUGCAGCUGAUGAGAGUUGCAGAAGUUUAGUUGAUGUUUACAGAAUAGUUGAAGGAAAUAUUGUAGAUGUGAUUAACAUUAAGCUUGCUAAAGUUGGAGUUAUAGGUGCAAUGGAUAUUAUUGAAAAAGCAAGAUCAGCAGGAUUGGAUUUGAUGAUUGGUGGUAUGGUUGAGACAAGACUUGCUAUGGGAUUUGCUGGUCACCUUGCUGCUGGCCUUGGAUGUUUUAAGUAUAUUGACCUAGACACACCACUUCUUCUAUCAGAUGAUCCAGUACUCGAAGGAUAUGAAGUUUCAGGUGCCACUUACACAUUUACAAAUGCUAGGGGACAGGGUGGAUUCCUUCAUUGGGACAACCUUGCUUAG